AUGUCUUCCACUAUCGACGCCAGCCAAAUACUGGCAGAACACAGCAAGAAAUACAAGCCAACACAAAUAUCUAGAGAAAUACCUAUAGAGAAUGAUCUCAAUCUGCUCACUGCCUUUGACACGAACGCCAUCAACGCAGAUGAAUUGAAAUCUAACCGUGAGAACUACGUUAAAGAAUUGAGCAGAGAUUCAGUACAAAAUCUUAUAAACGAUCUCUUCAAUCAACCUAUCACAAAAACUUUAGAUGGUCCAUUAGCGAAAUUGCCAGAAGAGUCUGUCUAUCAGCUCCCUAGAGAGAAGCCAUUACCUAAACCUAAGGCACUCACUAAAUGGCAGAAAUUCGCUAACGAGAAGGGUAUCAGCCACAAGAAGAAGGACAGAAUGGUGUUUGAUGAGGACGAGCAGAAAUGGGUUCCAAGAUGGGGAUACAAUGGUAUCAACAAAAAGGAAGAGAAUCAAUGGUUACAUGAGCUUAAAGAAGGCCAGGACGAGGACCAUAACCCAGCAUCCGCUAUCAAAGGUGCAAGAAAGGAGCGCUCACUUAAGAAUGUCAAGCAGCAACUCAAAAAUGAAGGUAUCACGAAAUCCAUCCAAGAGAAGCAAAAAGCCGAGGCUGCAGCUAAGCGCGCUGAGAGAGCUCAACAUAAGCAAGAACUCGAAAAGAGCUUACACAGAUCAAAGAUUAGUACAGCUUCUUUGGGUAAAUUCGAUAAGAAACUCUCUGGUGAACCUACACUUAAGGGUCAGAAGAGGAAGUUCAACCCAGUCACGAACACCUCAGAUGAGCACAAGUCAAAUCGUGAAAUACUUGAUAAAGUUGCUACAGGUGCUGGUAAACUCAAUAAAUCUACUGGUUCAGGCUCAAAGGAUUUAGUCAACACACGCCGAGCUAUCAACUCAACAAAGAAGUCAAAGAAGUAGAAACUUAAUUAAUUAACUUAUUGUAUUUGUGAUACUUUUGGAAUUUAU